GAUAGAGCGCGAAAAGGAAUUGUUCGUCAUUGUGCUUCUCGGCAAAUCCUCAGCCAACUCAGUAUCAGUUUCUGAAGGAUUUCUCUCACUCUCACGGUUCUUCAAUCUCCUGCACUUACCGCCUUACCGUCGAUGUUUCAAUCUGAAGCGUUGUUUCUGUAAUUUUAGAUGGAGCAGCAAAAUCCGCAUGGGAGAGGAGCCGAUGCAGUUUUACAUCUUCAGCCAAACUCCUCAGUUGCUAUUGCAUAUCACUCACUUUUUGGUCCACAUGAUGAUUUAGUUCUUCUUGAGGUUGAUGAAAAGCUUCUGGAAGAAGUUCUCCACGAACGAGUAAGCAUCAGAGGACAGGCAGAAGAAGAAGCAGUCUUUUGCACGAAGUCGAAAACAUAUGGAAUAAAAUAUGUAGGAACCUCCAAUUCUGUACUCCUCAUACCCCCAUCAGGUCGAUCGGAAUACUACGAAAAUGAACUAGAUAGCCAUGGGAAUGACAGCACUAAAGAAGUUGUUCCUGUGAUUAAACUUGCUCCAGGAAUCAUGGAACUUGUUGAGAUUGCUCCCAGAAUUGAUAAGCUUAAAUUGCUUCUUUCAGAGAAUCCUUACAGUUUAGCUGAUGAGUGGGAAAGCGAAGAGAUGGACAAUUGUGAGAAGCAAAUGUAUAGUUGGAAUGAUCUUUUAGACAAGGUUCAGGCUAGUGAUGAUGAACUGAAAGCUGGAUUACAAGCACUUUCCGCAGUUGAGAUUGAUGGAUACUGGAGACUUGUGGACGAACAAUACAUGGACUCUAUGCUACAAAUGCUCUUGAAUAACAGGAUUUUAAACGACUGGUCUCUGGAUGCACUUGAUGAAGUUGUACUCAUGAAAGUGAUGAAAAUGGAUGGUUUUUCUGAAAAACUCGUGCAUCAUUGUCUCGACGUCUAUGGCGAUAAACUCGAAGGAGAUGAGGGGAAUAGCUGUUUAUGGAGAUUGGAUGAGAAACGUGUUUGUGUGCAUUUUGCAAGAGAAGUCUUGAGGAAAGGAAAGAUGAAGGUGGAGCAUUUCAUGGAUGAAUGGCAAAAGAAAAUCCCUGUUGAAAUGCAUGCUAACUUUGACAUGUUGGAAGGCGAAGUUCUGACCGAGAGGCUCGGGGUCGAGACGUGGGUUCGUGGUUUUAGAGUUUCUUCAUUGCCAUUGAAUCCUGUUGAGCGUUUCUCCAUUUUGUUUAGAGAACGACCAAAAUGGGAAUGGAAGGAUCUGCAGCCAUACAUUAGGUUUGUUUGA